AUGUCAGAAGGAAAAGGAAAGCUACCUGAUAACUCUUCCAUCCCAUCAAAUCCCGACCUAAAUCAUGAUCCAGCCACUGCAAUACUUCGUAAGAAGCCUGCACCUAACAAACUCAUUGUUGACGAUGCAACAAACGACGAUAACUCUGUAAUGUCUCUUUCUACUGCAACCAUGGAAAAGUUACAACUUUUCCGUGGUGAUACCGUAUUGAUCAAAGGAAAAAAGAGACGUGACACUGUAUUGAUUGUUUUGGCUGACGAUAGUUGUGAAGAUACAAAAGUAAAAAUUAAUAAAGUCGUACGAAAUAAUCUUCGUGUACGUCUCGGUGAUGUGGUAUCAAUCAACCCUUGUACCGAAAUUAAAUAUGGAAAACGUGUUCAUGUUCUGCCAAUCGAUGAUACGAUUGAAGGUGUAACGGGCAAUUUGUUUGAUGUAUACUUAAAACCAUAUUUCUUGGAAGCAUAUCGACCUGUAAGGAAAGGUGAUUUAUUCUUGGUUAGAGGCGGUAUGAGAGCUGUUGAAUUUAAAGUUGUCGAAACAGAUCCGCCGGAUUAUUGUAUCGUUGCACAAGAUACUGAAAUAUAUUGUGAAGGUGAUCCGAUUAAACGUGAAGAUGAAGAAGCCAACCUUAAUGAUGUCGGUUAUGAUGAUAUUGGUGGAUGUCGUAAACAAAUGGCUCAAAUCCGUGAACUUGUUGAACUUCCACUUAGACAUCCUCAAUUGUUCAAAUCAAUUGGUAUCAAACCACCACGGGGUAUUCUUAUGUAUGGUCCUCCAGGAACUGGAAAAACACUUAUAGCACGUGCUGUAGCUAAUGAAACUGGUGCAUUCUUCUUCUUGAUUAAUGGUCCUGAAAUUAUGUCAAAGAUGGCUGGUGAAUCUGAAAGUAAUUUAAGAAAAGCAUUUGAAGAGGCUGAGAAAAAUAGUCCUGCUAUUAUUUUCAUUGAUGAAAUAGAUGCUAUUGCUCCAAAGCGUGAAAAGACUAAUGGUGAAGUAGAACGUCGUGUUGUAUCUCAACUUCUUACACUUAUGGAUG